AUGGCCAAACCUUACGAGACGGGCGCCGGGGUCUAUUUCUGGGGCCCCUAUGAUGGUUGGAUGCAAGAGCAAUGCCCCAUCAAGCCCAAUGCCGAGCACAAGAAGGUGCGCAGCAUGGCGGCGGCGGCCUCUACCUCCAUGCUUGAAGGGUCGUGGGGCAAGAAGAAACAAGAGGAGGAGGAGGAGGAGGAGGAGGAGGAGAAGGGGAAGCCACCUUUUGUAUAUCACGGGCAAGAAGUGAGCUUGGCCUUCAUUUCCGAGAUCGUGAACUUGCUGGAGAAGAAUAAUAUCUCCCUUCAUGUGAUUAACGAUGCCAUGUGGCGGUUCUACGGCUGCCAGAAUCGCAUCAACACCAUUGACCUGGUCAUCCCCGCGGCUUACCUUGAGGAUGCUGUCAAGGUCUUGCGCGCAGCCAAAUUCGACGAUGACCAUCCCCGAUGCAUCGGUCACUUGGAGGUGACGAUGAAAGAGACCAACGAGCACGACCGCAGCGGCAAAUGCAGGACUCAAGAAACGCCUUUCAUCGGGGCCCCCUGCCCCUACCUGUGGAAUUUGCGAGCGCGGUGGCUCGACGCCUGGUGGGUGCCAGACCAUGUCUUCCACUUGCAGCCGGCCCCCGGACAAGAGCGCCACGUCGAUCUCAACCUGUUCUGCCACGAGGAGUACUUCUUCCAUCUCCCGUUGCCGGGUUCGACCCGGGGGAGCUACUACGAGCAGGCGCAAACACCCAUCUACCUCGACUCGACCGACGUCGCCCUUGAACGGGAGGUGGAAGAACCCUAUGCGGUCAAGCUCCUGUACCCCGCGCGCAUGGUGGAGGCUCUGGUCCGGCUCAGCUUCCAGGAUCGGUACUUGUACAGCCACCUAUCACAGCGUUUGUCGGAAGGGCAUGGGUGGACCGAGUGGGAUCGCACCCUCCUCGAUAUCUUCUGCUCCAUCACGGGCCGCACCGGGGAGGAGGAAGCCCGCCGACAGGUAAGAGCUCCUUGGCCCCGACUCAUGGUCAACAAGGCCUUGGUCGAGGUGGAUGAUGACCACCUCGAGGAGGCGCUGCUCACCCUGAAGGGGCUGAAGCCCCACUGGUUCCGACUGGAGGACUUUCACCCCCUUUUCCAGGAUUACCUGCAAGCCCUAUUUCUCGCGAGAGGAAACGGCGGACCAUGUAAGCCCUCGCCCCCCCAGCUGGAGCAGGGGCAAGAUCAAGAGCAACCCAGCCCGUAUCCUCGCGAAUGGCUCGAGCACUGUCCCAUUCGUGAGGAUUUCCAGCACUGCACUGCCUUUCCGGUGUUGAAUGACUUUGCAUGGCGCUUCAAAGAGGCCGGAUUCUUCCCCAGGGCCUCUCCUUUCUACCGCGAGAAGACGACCCGGGCCAUCAGGGCGCUCAACCACCCACAACCCCCCAUCUCUCCGGACGAGGGUUUUUUCCAGCGUCCCGGAUGGUGGCAGCAUGACGAACACAUAAGUGUCGAAAGGCAAAGGCAUGCAAAGCAGCAUGCGCGGACCGAUCCAUGGUCCCGACACUACCGUCCUUGGCCUUAG